GAACCCUAUGCCACCUUUUUUAAGGCCAAGCAACUUCUGCGAAAUUAGACCUCCAUCCCAAACAAAUCAAUUUCUAACAACCAUGACCGAUGCAAAAGCCCUCAGGUAUUCGCGCAUUAAAAGACGAUCAGUCAUGACGUACCGAUCAGGAUCGAUCGCGAUACAUACACGCACACCGACGAUCUAUCAGAUUAUCCACCACCAUGUCACCUUCCCUCAACGGCUGACAAUAGCACCGGAUUUCAAAUCAUCAUCCUCACAUCACGAAUCCCGAUAAUCUGCUUUAGAGGAUGCUUGGCAUGAGGUCACUCCAUACGAAAUCGCAUGACUGACUAAUUAGCCCU